UAAGAAAGGAAGUGUAAGACAAUCAAAAGCUACUUAACCCCAAAUUAGGUUGAAUAGACCUUGUGGUGAGAAUAUUUUAAUAUGUCAGAUAGCCUAAUUUAUUUCACAGACCGACUAACGAAUAUAACAAAUUAUGAUUAGACCUAUUAUAAAUCAGAAUUACUAAUCAUAGCCUAAAUUACGAUAAACUGUUUUAGCAUUAGCUUGCUUUUGUGCCCAUAAAUGGUGAAUAAUGCAGGUGUGCAUAUUACAAAAUAUUCCUAUUUUGCACUGUAAACCGCAAAAGCAAAAAAGGUCAAUUUAACUAGCACUAAAAACACUUAGCUUCAGAUUACUAUUAUUAUUGUUGUUGUUAUUACUACAGUAGGUGCAUUUAUAUGCAUUAGUACAUAGUGCAUUUAUCCGUAUUCUGCUCAUACAACAGGCUGUGAUGCAGCGGUCAGGGGGAAUCAUAGUAAAAUCAUAGUAAACUGACAGUUAUUAGUAUUGCUGUCCAUUGUGUCUGUUUAAGACUUCGCGCGUUACUGUAACUGCGUCAGACUGGGAUUAAAGGAUGGGGGUUGGCCCUACACAUCCGAAGCCAUCCUCCAACUCUAUAUCAGUAGGAGCUCAGCUGCGGCUGGUGGUCUGUCGCCGUCGAGCACACACGGACCAUUUCAGCGAGAUCUCACACACUGGUUUCACAGAGCUGAAUCUGUUUGCCGGAAUAACAGCCUCUGGCUUUUAGGCUGGACGCAGGUAGGGACAUUUUUAAAUAAACGUGAGGACAAAUCUACGAGCUUCUGGGUGGAUGAUAUAUUCCUGAGGCUUGUUAUUUCCCGGAGCGCACGUUUUGUUUUUGCAGUGUGAUAAAUAAAAAUCAGACGAAAGAAGACAACAAAACCCGACCUUCCCACGGAGAUGCUGCAAAGGUUAUUUGAGUGAGGACAAUUCAACUGACCCUGAGGACCGAGCAGUCCCCUCACACACGCCAGAGGAUGGUCCCCGGGGCCCCCAGCACGACCACCACCAUGCUCCCCGCCUCCGAGGCUGCCAAAAUCUACCAGACCAACUACGUGCGCAACUCCCGCGCCAUAGGCGUUUUGUGGGCCAUUUUCACCAUCCUCUUCGCCAUCGUCAACGUGGUGUGCUUCAUCCAGCCGUACUGGAUCGGAGACGGCGUGGACACCCCGCAGGCGGGCUACUUCGGGCUAUUCCAUUACUGCAUCGGGAACGGUCUGUCCCGGGACUUGACCUGUCAGGGCAGUUUCACAGAGUUCAGCACUAUCCCCUCCAGUGCGUUCAAGGCUGCCUCCUUCUUCAUCGGGAUGUCCAUGGUGCUCGUCCUCACCUGCAUCGGCUGCUUCUCGCUCUUCUUCUUCUGCAGCACCGGCACCGUUUACAAGAUCUGCGGUUGGAUGCAGCUGGCUGCAGGCACAUGUCUGAUCCUGGGUUGCAUGAUCUACCCAGACGGCUGGGACAGCGACGAGGUGAAGCGGAUGUGCGGCGAGCAGACAGACAAAUACACACUGGGCGCCUGCUCCGUGCGCUGGGCCUACAUCCUGGCUAUCAUGGGCAUCAUGGAUGCUCUUAUCCUCUCCUUCCUGGCUUUCGUCCUGGGAAACCGCCAGGACAGUCUCAUGUCUGAAGAGCUGCUGGGAGAUAGUGAGAACCUGCCCACAUUGUUUUGGCAGCUUUUAAUUUGGGGCUGGUUGGUUCAAAUUAAGCAAAUCUUAAAGCGCCACUUGUAUUUCCCUUGUGAACAAAGUCAAAUUACUGCUACACAAACUAUAUUUUUCAGACUUUUCUUUCAUUGUUAUAAAAUACCACAGUUGACCGCUUUAGCCAUCUAAAAGCUGUUUGAGUGAACCAGUCCUGACUGCUCACUGCUCAUAAAUGAGAAAACAGAUAAACACUGCUUCACUUUAAAGAGUCACAAGCCAAAAAGAAAAAACUCAUUUAUGUGCUAGUCUCAUGAAGCUCAAAUCCCAAGAAAAGACGGUCAAGUCCUUUGUUUCUUCACCAGAUGUCUAGCUAUUUCACUACAGAAACAACAAAAGAGCAAUUGUUAAAUCAUGCUUUUCUUUUCCAAACCUUUUUUUUAUUUUUUUAUUUGUAUUUCUAGAUGUUCUCUAAGAACCACAGUUUGGUACGCAAGCAAAUGCCAUUUAACUUAUUUACAAGUCAGUUUGAACACUGGCCUUAAUGUCUACUCUGCUGUGUUAGAAGAUUUUAUUCCUCUUCUUGUUUAGGGAGCGCAUUAUAAAUCUGAUAAGUCACCACAACUUAAUGGGAAAACUUCUAGGAGACAGUGCCGGUUAAGCAACACAUCAAGUCAGUGCUUUUGCUUUUGUGGAUCUCCAGCCUGAAGACUGUAAAUUUAUGACUCCAGUUGUGCUCAAUUGGCUUUUCUAUUAAAGCUUAGUAAAAUAAUGAGACAGUGCAUGUCACAGCCACACCGUACAUUCCACCAUCAACCGGAAAUUAAACAGGUUUCCCAUACACAAGUUCUUACUGUGCAUACAUUAAAUGGGUGUUAUACACCACCUUCUGUUGCCAAUGAGCUAUUUCUUUUCAUUGGGCAAGUUUACAUCUGCACAGGGAGGAGAAUACAGAUGAAGUAGGGAGGAGAUGCAGCGAGAAAAAGAUGGGUGACAGCGGGGAAGAACGCACCAAUAGGGUUAAUUGAAGCCUAGGGAUGCUGGACAGAGUCAUGAAUUACUAAUGGCUGUUUACACAGCUUGCUGCCAGCUUGUCUAAAUGAAUCACAGCCACCCUAUCAGUGGCUGUUAGCUUGUAUAAGCAAAGCGACUGGGAGGAAGAAGCCAUCAUCAACCAAGAGAGCAGAGAGGGAGGAGAGAGAGGGAGAUAAUGAGUUAAAGAAGAGGAGAACGCAAGGAAGUGUAUGUUAAACACAGGCCUGGAAGUGAAAAUGGAGGGUUCGUCAAACAGGAGAUGAUGUUUAACAUGUUGAACAUUCGUCCUAUAUUGUCACUCAGGAGGAUGCAUAGUGACACCUGUGCAGGUUUAAAAAAAAUCCCAGGGGUGUUUAACUCUGCAGCUGUAGUUUCUUUAUUUUGGUAGUGUUGUGUAACACCGCCAUCUGCUGGUUACCAACAUAAUACUGUAUCCUCUCCCAAUCUAACAGCUCUUUG